CCGGCGGCCCGGUACUUAAAUUCGUUGAACGUCUAUGCUCUCCUCUCCUCCUUCUAUAACGAACCGACGACGAUAACCAUGCUCGACCAGAAUCUUCCGGUUUAUAAGUUCCGCCGUACACUCGACCAAACCGCAACUAUAAUCUCCACUUUCACCCCUUCGUCCACCCCCUCCUCCUCCUCUUCUUCCGACUACGAGGUCUACUCAGCACAUCGCCUAUCACGUAUUCACACCCGCGUCCUUGACCCUCUCAUUCCCUCUUGUAUCUACGCCGAUCUCACUACCCCCUCCCCCUCCUCCCCCAAAGAGAAACUCAUUACGCUGAGAAACCCAGAUUUGGAGGUUAAGUUUUGGAAUGGGCAUAGUGUGAGGUUUGGCUGGGAGUUUGGGUUCGAGGGGGCGAGGUGGAAGUGGACGCGUCCCAACCCAUUGUCACUGCACGGUCUGGUGUUGUCGUUUCGUCCGGGGGUGAAGGGGACGGGGAGAGGCAAGGACGACCCGCCGAUUGAUAUCGCUAUUCUUGAGGCAUCAUAUAAGAGCUUACCGAGGGGUGCGUCGGUGUUUAAAUCUGCGACUGUACAGUUGCUCGAGCAUAACCUCGAUCGCGUGGGUAUCCAGGACCGCAAGGGAUUUGAGAUCCUCGUUUGUACUAGUGCGUGCGGACUCUUGGAAGGCUGGGAUCCAGGAUGCAAAGGGGAAGAAUACGGGGGACUCCCAGAACCGGUGGCCACGGAUGGCGAGGCACAGCAGCUUUUGCAGGAGCGAGAAGAGGCACGACAAACAGAGGAUGAAGAGGCUGACACGGCGGCUGUCCGAGCUCUCCUCGAACGCGAAGCUGAAGAAACACGUGUUGAGAGAGAACGACAGGACGCCAUAGAGACUGAACGCAUAAGACUUCUGUUACAAGAGGAGGAUGAGAAAGAACGGAUGGAGAGGGCACGCGCGGAGGCGGAGGAGUUGGAACGUUUACGUCUAUUACUCGAGGAGGAGGAGCAGAGAGAAUGGAUGGCACGGGAGAGAGAGGUAGAGGCUGAAACAGAACGACUACGGCUUUUGUACGGUAGCGGUACUGGUGCUGCCUCACACAUACCUCCACCCGCACCCGGACCCCAGCAUACGAUGAGCGGUGCGGGGAUGGACAAUGUGCCGGCGGCGUAUCGUCCCCCACCGCCAUUUCAGAUGCCAGAGACGCAUGAAGGAACAAAUGUUGGGGAUGGUGCAGGUGGCAACGAGAGGAGAUCGAGUGGGAGGUGGUGGAAGAAGAUUACAGGAACAGGGAGUCGAGAAGCCGUCGUCUAAGGUAACACACAGGGAAAUAUUUGGUUUAGGGACACCGGAUGGAGUCAUGAAAUGUUCUGCUAUGCAGAAGCCGAGCGAGCGUGAAACGGUAUGGAAUUUGAAGGCGGGAUACACUAGCGCUAUGGGACGUAUUAUUCGGGACGUCCAGGUUGUUGUAGCUGAGAUAAGGAGUGUGAGUUCAAUUGAGUUGGUCAUCUAGGAGUAUCCACUAUACGCUGUGAUGACCUCUUAUACCCUCACAGACCUCUGCGUCCUUUCACCCGUUCUUCGUACUGCAUUCAAUCCAUC